AUGACCGGUCGCCAGAGGAAAACGAUUAGUUGUCUCCACGCUAUCAAAAUCGGGAUGAGGAAAUUGAACCAUUUUAUGAGAUUUUGCCCGCUUCAGCUCCAGUACCGCACUAACCACCUGCUAAGGAAGUCAUUCAGAAGGCACAGAGCCUACAUAUCAACUUCCAGAAAGAAAGAUCGUGGCAAACCUCGAGUACAAUAUGAAGCAGAUCUUAAAGCCAAAGGGAAAUACCCCAUCAAUAAUUAUAUAUCUCUCAACAGAUUAUCAGAGUCACGUGUGCACUAUGUGAAGCAGUUGGCUGACAUAUCUGUCCCCAAUAAUGUAACUGAAGCAUUAGAAGACCCAAAAUAG